AUGAGCGACGAGGUCGCUGCUCUGGACAGCGCUCUGGGUAACGACGAUGUCAGCAGCGAAGCCACAGAUCCUGCCCUCGAGGGGGAUGUGGAGUCACAGCAGGAGAAGCUGGUCCAGAAACACAAGAACACAGGCAACGCCCUGUUUGCCGAGCAGAAGUGGGAGCAGGCGAGCAAGCAGUUCACCCUGGCCCUGAAGUUUGCGCCCCCGGGCGACAAGGAGGCGGCCGCCGUCCUGCUCUCAAACCGCAGCGCCGCCCUCUGCAGCUGGAGCAUGCAGCUGCGCUCCCGCCCCGCGGCGCUCAGCGAGUCGCGGGCCAUUUUUGCCCCGGAUCCGACCCACCUGGCGCAGCUGGCGUUGAAGGACGCGGAGAGGGCGGCGCAGCUGAGGCCGACGUGGCACAAGGGCUAUUCGCGGCAGGGCGCGGCGCUGUUUUUGUUGGAGCGCUACGGCGAGGCGGAGACGGCCUAUCUGGAGGGCCUGAUGCUGGCGCCAGGCAACGCCACACUCACGGAGGGGCUCAACAAGGUGCAAGCGGUGCUGGCGGAGCAGCAGCAGGCGCGGGACACCAGUGAUACCGCGGCUGGCAGCGACGGCCGCGCGGGGCCUAAGAGGCAGCGCCGGCUGGCGCGGGAGGCGGACGACACCGAGUGCAUCCUGUGCAUGAAGCUGCUGUGCGAGCCCGUGACCACGCCCUGCGGCCACACGUUCUGCCGCUCUUGCUUCUCCCGGGCGCUGGACCACUCAUCCAAGUGCCCCUGCUGCCGCACGGUUCUUCACGUGGCCCGCGAGCUGCCCGUGUCCAUCACCCUCAAGAAUCUGCUGCUCAAGGCCUUCCCCGAGGACUACGCCGCCCGCCUGGCAGAGGAGUCCUCCGCCGCCGCGGCGGCGGCGGAGGGCGAUGGCGCCGCGGCGGCAGGCAGCGGUGGCAGCGGCGGGGGCGGCGGCGCGGGGGCGGCGACGCUGCCGCUGUUUGUGAUGUCCACGAUGCUUCCCGGCGAGAAGAUGGCGCUGAACAUAUUUGAGCCGAGGUACCGGUUGAUGGUGCGGCGCUGCAUGGAGGGCUCCCACCUGCUGGGCAUGGCACAGGUGGCGCGCGACCACUCCCUCGACCCCAUCGCCUGUGAGGCCGCCAUCACCGAGUGCCAGCAGCUGCCAGACGGCCGCUAUUACCUGGAGCUGACCGGGCGCCGCCGCGUGGUCAUCGACCGCAGCUGGGAGCAGGACGGCUACAGGGUCGGCAGCGUCAAGCACUUGAAGGACAACCCGCCAGAGCCGGGCAGCCAGGAGGCCCAGGAGCUGCAGAGCGUCGCAGCAGAG